UAUGCUAGUAGUGCUGAGCGCGCGAGCUAGUAGCUCACAGAUCAAACUAAGCAACUCCCCCAACGACGUCGGAAGCAUAUAUAUUUCGAGACAAGCAAUGCUAGCAACGAUAACAACAGCCAACAUCAAGCAAUACAGCAUAUAAGACCGAGAUAGCAAAGCCCUUGAAUAGUCAAGGUCUGUACGAGAUGCAGGCACGGUACGAUCGAUGCAGAGCAGGAUGAUAGAUAGCAAGGAGAUAGAGCAAGCACGUUUGUGCACGACGAGGGAUAGCGAGGCAAGAGCGAUGAGCAACGACGACAAAUCAUACAAAACGGGAUUUAAGCAAAGCGGCAGCGACGGAAGCGAGGCGGGCGACGGGAAUAGCAAGUGUGGCGGGACAGAGCGGUUAACCAAGAAAGCAGCAAAAAGUGCGUGUCUACAAGCGAUCAGGUCAGUACAGGACAGCAGGAGUCAUUUAAAAGAGAGCGAGAUUUUGGAGAAAUGUGCUCAGCGAGCUUCUCAAUCUUGAGACGAAUCGGAAGGCGUGCUUCCCUGUCUAUACGCCGGGGCAGGAGGCGCGGGACCAGCACCAAUGCCCAGCCCAGAGCCGGGCGCCCCACCAACACCAGUGAGUUGGCCAGUAGCGACAUUGACAGUGUCGCGUGCCAAGUUGAGGCUGGGAUGCAGAGUCGGCUGAAGGAUGGGCGCAAUUGGAACGGGUGCCGCCUGCGUAGUGACAUUGGACAUCGAGGGCGUCGCGCGCCCUCUCGAGGAGUUGGAGGGCCGGCCGCUGGACCUUCCAGUCGUGGGCAUGGUGACGCGGAACGUAGGGGCAGUGGAGACAGGGUUUCCGGGCUGAGUGGGACGAGCGGACGGCUGCGAGGGUAUACCCAUGGUUCCCUGGAACGUGUUGAAGGACGCCUGACCAAAAGUCGGCUGGCCGAAGGAAGGUUGGCCGAACGUGGGCUGCGCUUGCACACCGGGAGCAGCGCCUGGCGAGCGGGUGUAGGGAGACUGGCCGCGCCUGGCGUUGUUCCGCGCAGCUGCGCCGGGCUCGGUACGCGAGCGGCCUUGGCCAACGACGUGCCCACCAUUACGAAGCUCCGGAUCAAUGUUGAUCUCCUCGAGGGGUGCCACAGACACGGAGAAAGCUGCGGUCUGACCGAGGGUUUGACUAAGGGUUGGAGUCGCUGCAGUGUUCAGGGUCAAUGUAGUGUUCAAGGUAGCGUUCUCUUCGUCAGAACUACUUUGGUCAUCCAUUUGGUUGGAGGCGGAGCCUCCUUGCAUGGUAGCAAGACGCUCGCGCUCUGCCUUGUUGGGACGCUUGUUGCGCUUGCGCUCGCGUUUAUUGCCUAAACCAGCGCCGAUAUCAACGGUCCAGUAGCUGCCCUUGCCAGGCUCAGUGAUGUCCCUCGCCACCUUGCGGAACAGCUUGUUCAGAGAAAGGUUGUGGCGGAUAGAGUUCUACAAGGCAACAAUGAGUCUCAUACGUGAUCACGAAGUAGUGAC